UUUUUGUCAUUUUGUUUUCAACAAACAUUUUUGUGUGUUUUCAUUAAAAAUCAUAGACCAUCAUUAUUGAAAAUGGCUGUGAAAAUUUAUCCCGUUUUACUAUUGUUAAUUUCAACGUUUGGCUCAUUAAAUUGGAUCAUCAUCGUUUCCUGUCAUCCGAAUAGUGUGGUGUUGUCAUCACCUAUGAUGGAUGAUUCUGGUGGUAUGAAUCUAACCAAAAUGUUUGGUGGUGAAGAAAUUGCCCGUUGUUUGAUUCGUGGUCAACAAACAAACCAAACAAAAACGACAACAACGGAUCUUAUGAUGAUGGCAAAUAUUGAUGAUGUUAGCCGUAUAAUGUUGGAUGGUGCAAAAUUUUUUGCUAUUCGUUUAUUCAAAACAUUGAAUCUAUUUGAACCAAAACAAACAUCAAAAGGUCUGAUCUUUUCACCGGCAUCAAUUUGGUCGACAAUGAUUAUUGCAUAUCUUGGAUCCGAAGGAGAAACAGAACAAGAACUGAGUAGCCGUUUGAAAUUGAAUCAAUUGUCCAAAUCACAGGUUGCAUUAGCAUAUCGUGGUAUUAAAUGGUGGAAAGAUUUAAAAAUGAUUGCCAAUAAUAAAAAUAAAACCAACGGUAGUGGCGUAGGAUCAACAUUAGUAUCAAGUGCAAACAAACUUUAUAUCGACGACCGAAUUCCAUUGAAUGAUUGUUUUGAACGAAUUUUUCAUGAUGAAAUUGAAAUCAAACCAUUCUCAUCACAACCAGAUCAAUGUGUACAGGAAAUAAAUUCCUGGGUUUCUGAUCAAACUAAAGGAAAAAUAAACGAUCUAAUCGCACCGGGUACAAUAACACCAAUGACCAGAAUAAUGAUGGUUAAUGCCAUUUAUUUCAAAUCAUUCUGGGCACAACAAUUUGAUUCAUCACGUACAAAACGACAAUUAUUUUAUGUUAACCACGACGAGCAUUUAGAAGUCGAUAUGAUGACAAUGGAUUCAGCUAGCAUUAUGUUUGGUCUAUCCGAAUCGUUAGGUGUUACCGCUGUUGAAAUUCCAUAUUCAAAUCCUGAUUAUUCAAUGUUGAUAAUGUUACCGGAUCAAUCACGAUCAUUGGACACGCUGAUUAGGGAUUUAUCAUUACCAAAACUUCAAGAAUUAUUCGAUCAAAUGUAUGAUGAUGAAGUUAUGUUGAUGAUACCACGAUUCCAUGCUGAACAAGAAUUCGAAUUGGCUGGUGCAUUAUUUUCUUUGGGCAUAAAAAAAUUAUUCGAUCCACGUUAUGCGAAUUUGGCCAUGAUAUUUGCCGGUAAAUCAAAUCAAACAUCUUCAUUGAAUAAGAUUGCAUUAGAUUCGGUUGUACAUAAAUCAUUUAUCGCCGUCAAUGAAGAAGGAACCGAAGCUGCAGCUGCAACCGCAAUGAUAUUCGCUCGUAGUGGAAGGCCAGCAUUUCCUACGGAAUUUAUUGCAAAUCGUCCAUUUUUAUAUAUGAUACGAGAUGUAUCCACUAAUAUGAUUCUAUUCCUUGGUACAGUUCGACGGCCAUCAUCAUCAUCUUGAAUUUCUUUAUUUUCUCUCCCAUGAUUUCUGAACAUUCCAUUGUUUUUUCUCAUUUAUUUCGCUGUAAAUAUGACACACACCCACACACAAACACAAACAAACACACUUAUUCAAUUUCUUUACGUUUCGUUUAAAUCUAUCUAUAAGUAGAAAAGAGGUUGACAAUCCGAUGAUGAUCAUUAUUAUUCAUUUAUUUCAAAAACAAACAUCACAAUGUUCACCAAAAAAAAAUAUGAAAUUGUCAAAAAAUCUGUUAAAAGAUGGUAGCACUUUUAUAAAUUGAAAUUGAAUGAAUGAAAACUGUCAAAUUGAGAAUCAUAAAUUCAGUGAGACCCCUUGUAAA